CAUACUUUGCUAUGUAACUGUUCAUUGAUAAAAUUCACUUAGCUGAAAUCAAGUUUAUUUAAAAUAUCAUUAUUGUUAGCAGUAAUUGACAAAAAAGAUUCAUUUUCAUCUUUGACUGGUGAAGUUUGCAGAGUAUUUACAGAAUAACUAUGUAACAAUAUCUACCUUCAACAAGGAUAUAAUAAUUGGAUGUUCGGUUUCAUUGGAAACACCAGUGGCAGUCCACAGUCAACAGCAACUCUACCUUAUAAUCAGACCAACGAAACGGAGUAUACAUCAAAUAUACAUAAUACGGUUAUUAUUUCGGGUGUGAUGUUUGGAGCAGGAGUUUUGGGAAACAUUUUGGCUCUUAUUGUGUUGAUUAGAUCUGAACCUGAACAGAAGAGAACGAUAUUUUAUCGAUUAGUAGCCGGACUCUGUAUCACGGAUUUUCUGGGCAUUACAUUAACAUCACCCGUUGUGAUAGCCGUGUAUGUAAACAACCUACAAUGGAUAGGUGGGACGACUAUGUGUAAUUACUUCGGCUAUGUCAUGAUCUUUGCCAGUUUUGCAACAAUGUUGAUAGUGUGUAGCAUGUCUAUAGAGAGGGUGUUCUGUAUAAUAUACCCUCUUAUAUAUAAUACUCGUUCGUCAACAAAACAUGCUACAAUGAUUUUGACAUUCUGCUGGACUAUUGCAGCAUGUUUUGCCGCACUCCCCUUCCUAGGCUUCGGACAAUUAGUUCUACAUUACCCUAGAACGUGGUGUUUUGUCGAUUAUUUCACUGAUGACCCAGUAGAUAAAGUAUUUAACUAUCUAUUUGCAUUGUUAGCCAUUGUCGUCAUUAUCGUAACCGUCUGCUGUAACUUAACUGUUAUGUUCACCUUGACAAAACGCCAAUGUCAGCACGUGUCAAAAUACGGAAGAUCCAAAAAUGGUAGUAACUCUAAACGCUUCAAUGAAUGUCAGAUGUUAGUACAAUUAGUUGGAGUGACCAUAGUAUUUAGCGCGUGUUAUAUGCCUCUUAUGGCAAGAAUUAUUAUAAACCAAACAGGAUUAUUACCACGAAAUUUUCUUUUGGAUUUAUUCGUGAUAAGAAUUGCAUCACUAAAUCAAAUUCUAGACCCGUGGGUUUAUAUUUUAUUGCGGAGGGAACUAUUAUGGAAAGUGGUAUCAGGCUUUAGAACAUUAUGUCGAAUUGGACAAAAUCCACUUGAAGAUAUUAAUCCGCCGAAAUGCAGCUUAGACAUAGAGAAUGAUACGUGCUGUAUAUUUUGUUAUCACUGUUUAUGUGACCCUCCUCGUGUGAAACGUCCAAGACCAGACUCAAUGUUCUCCAUGUACUCAUAUGACCUUGAGAAUCUACACCCAUCAACUCCAACUCUCAUUAGGAGUAGAUCACUUCAUCAGAACGAUAGAGGUAGCUAUAUAUCUAUGAAACCCGUGAACUUAUCUGCACAGCACAGUUUAAAACAAAACUUCGUCGAUAGUGUAGUCGACAGGUCAUAAUUCUUCAUUCACAAAUAAUUUGGGCGCAUUUAUACAAAUAUUCUA